GGCCGCCAUGGCCCUGGAGGACGCGCGGGCAGCCCCCCAGGCCUCCCUGGAUUUGGGGGGGGUCCUGGGGGAGGAUCAGCAGGAUCUCCCCGAGGUGGGGGAGGGGAGGCUGCCCGGAUUUGGGUCUGGGGUCCCGGGGGUGCCGUACCACGAGCGGCAGCGCCGGCAGCUCUGCGCCCUGCACGCCCUCAACAACCUCCUGCAGCGGCCCUGGCUCAGCCAGGCCCAGGCCGACCGCAUCUGCCAGCGGUUGGCCCCGAACUCGCGGCCCAACCCCCACCGGAGCCUGCUGGGAUUGGGCAAUUAUGACGUCAACGUGGUGAUGGCGGCGCUGGGCAUGCUGGGAUUGGCGGCCGUGUGGUGGGACAAGCGGCGCCCCCUGGAGCGCCUGGCGGUGCCCCGCGUGCUGGGCUUCCUGCUGAACGUGCCCUCGCGGGUGUCCCUGGGCGCGCUGGCGCUGCCCCUGCGCCGCCCCCACUGGCUCUGCGUGCGCCCCUUCGGCGCCGCCUUCUACAACCUGGACUCCAAGCUGGCCACGCCCACCCGCAUCGGGGCGGAGCCGCAGCUCAGGGAGUUCCUGCGCUCGGCGCUGGCCCCGGCGCCCUCGGAGCUGCUGCUGGUGGUGACGCGCGACGUGGAGGAGGCGGGGAGCUGGCUGAGAGCAGAGUGACAGCGGGACA